UCCACCAUGCGCCUGGGUGACUAGAGCCUUCUCACUCAUCAGGACAGAGCACACUGGAUGGGAACGUGUGCUGAGAUCCAGACCAGAAGCUUCCACCCUACCACUCUCAGUCUGGAGAAAACUGCCAGCGAGGCACAACCUUGACACAUGAUCAUAGAGCAGCAGCAGGAAAGCAGCUACCAGACUGAUUUCAAAGGGGGAUUGAAGAUAGAAACCUUCUCUUCUGCUCUCCGUCCAGAGACUGACCAGUCUUGUCUAGUGGGACAUCCCAGCCAUGGAGGACACGCUUACCUGUACUCCCACCACCUUUUCCCAGGUGUUUGGCCGCCAAGGACAGCUGAUGCAAGCUACUGUGCAAUCUCUGAACAGUCUAAACGACCAGAUCGCUCACUUCAUGUUGAACAAACCCAACUCCAUGAGCCAUGAAGAGGACACCUUUUUACCCAGUGAGAGGGAUACUCUAAAACAAUCCAUGGCUUUGAUGAGACACCUGCUCAUGGAUGCACAGGGCAAAAUCCUGAAAAUGAUGGAGGACAACAAGCAGCUGGCUCAGCGGAUCGAUGGGGCCAUCCAGUCGGCCAGCCAGGAGGUAACCAACCUGCGAUCCGAGCUCUCCGCGACCAGUCGCAGACUGGCCGAGUUGGGGGCAUGCAACCCCACCGGCCUGGAGAACAACCAGCAGAACCACCAUCACCACCUCCACCUCCUUCACGAUCCGACAGUCCACCACAGAAAGAAGACAGUGAUGUCUGAACUCGGUUUCCAGACUGGAAUGUCGAGCUUAAUGGACUUUGGAACUCCAGAUUCUUCACUUGAAAAAGUGUUGCUGAGGGAGGAGGUGGCUCAGCUGCAAGAAGAGGUGCACCUUCUGAGGCAGAUGAAGGACAUGUUGAGUAAAGACCUGGAGGACUUGCACGGCGGCUGCUCGGCCGACACGCUCUCCGCUGCCGAGCUCAGGGUGCAGUUGGGGGAGAAGGAGCAGGAGCUGGAACGUGCCAAGGAGGCCUUACAAGCUAUGAAGGGUGAUCGGAAGAGGUUGAAGGCAGAGAAAGCUGACCUGGUGAAUCAGAUGCAGCAGCUGUACACCACACUGGAGAGCCGUGAAGAGCAGCUCCGAGACUUCAUCAGAAACUAUGACCAGCACAGAAAGGAGAGCGAGGAUGCGGUCAAAGCUCUGGCUAAAGAGAAGGACAUGCUGGAGAGAGAGAAAUGGGACCUGCGCAGGCAGACCAAAGAGGCCACAGAACAAGCCAGUAUCCUGCGCUCCCAGAUAGACAUGAAGGAGAACCGAAUCAAAGAGCUGGAGGCAGAACUCACCAUGGCAAAGCAGUCUCUGGCCACCCUCACGAAAGACGUGCCAAAGCGUCACUCUCUGGCGAUGCCAUCAGAGCCAGUAGUAAAUGGCAAUCAGGAGUGGGUGAUGCAAGCAGACCUUCCCCUCACAGCAGCGAUCAGACAGAGUCAGCAGACCCUGUACCAUUCACACCCUGCGGACAGGCAAGCUGCUUUGAGGAUCAGCCCCUGUCACUCCCGCCAGCCCUCCGUCAUCUCGGAUGCCUCGGCUGCCGACGGCGACCGCUCAUCCACACCGAGCGACAUCAACUCGCCCCGUCACAGGACUCACUCCCUCUGCAAUUCCAUGGAGGACCUCGAGGACCAGAAGCGUAAGAAAAAGAAGGAGAAGAUAAGUCUUGGUUCACUGUCUCGAGUGUUCGCCCGGGGUAAAUCUCAGCGCAAGUCCAUGGAUCCGGGCCUGUUUGAUGACUCAGACAGCCUCUCCAGCCAGACACACCCCAGCCUAUCAGAUGGCGAGGAGCAGCUGGAGCGGCUGCAGCAGGCGGAGCUUACGCGCACCAAGCCCAUGUCUCUGUGGAAGGCGGUCACUGUGCAGGCCUGGCUGGAGGUUGUCAUGGCAAUGCCCAUGUACAUGCGUGCCUGCUCAGAGAAUGUCAAGAGUGGGAAGGUGUUGCUGGGGUUGACCGAUGAGGAUCUGGAGCUGGGGUUGGGCAUUAACAGCCCCAUGCACCGCAGGAAAAUCCGCCUUGCUAUUGAGGACUACCGGGAGGCAGAGAACGGACGAGGGCUUUCCAAAGCUGCUGAUAUGGACCAUCACUGGGUGUCUAAGAGCUGGCUGAGUGAUGUCGGGCUUCCUCAGUACUCACAAGUCUUCCACAACCAAUUAGUGGAUGGCAGAGUACUGAACUCUCUCACACGGAGAGACUUGGAGACGAUCUUCAACAUUACCAACAAGUUCCAUGUAACUAGUAUUCUAUCAGCUAUUCAGCUUCUGCAAAUGCUCAACUUUGAUAAAGAGACUAUACAGGCACGUCGUGCUCAGUGUGAGAAUCGGGAUGUGGAUCCGGUGGUCUGGACCAGUCACCGUGUCAUUAAAUGGAUCAGAGAUAUUGAUCUCAAGGAAUAUGCAGAAAGCCUUCAAAACAGUGGCAUCCACGGCGCUGUAAUGGUUCUAGACCCGACCUUCAGUGCAGACAGCAUGGCAAAGGCCUUAGACAUCCCUAACAAUAAACACAUGAUCCACCGGCAUCUUUAUGAAGAAAUGAAGGUGCUUCUCAAUCCAGCAAGAACAAAUCAGACCCAGGACUACAGGAAAGAGGGAACUCCAACACAUUCUCCUGUCUCAAAUUGCCGCAAAACUGAGGAAGGAUUUUCUCCCAGGCAAAAAGUUGGCAAGAGUCCUUUGAGAUUCAAUCCAUUGGUCACUGCUGGGCGGGACUUGACUUUUCAAGGAAGCUGUGGAUCACCACCCAGAGAUGAUCGAAUCAAGAUCCUGCAAAGGACCAAGGACAGUCCCAUGCACGGUUACUCAAGCAUAGAGAUCACUAAUGUGUGAGGGCAACAGCCUAUGUUUACCUUGGAUUAACUAAGAGGAGUGAACUCCUGACCUCCUCCCAACCCCUAAAUGGACCAAAUGAGGUCAAUCAUUCUUAAAAGUGAUUUGAAAAUUUACCAUUUGCACUUUAGAGAAUUUGUAUUGGCAACAAAUAAUAACUAAGCACUUAAUGGAAAAUCCAUUAGAUAUGCUGCAUUAAACAAGCAGAUAUUUUGUUACUACUUAUACAAAUGUAUAAAAUACGUUCCUGUAACUGCCAGCGCAGAGGAUACAGUCAGGACUGUAGGUAUGCAGCUGAAAUCAAUGUCACAUGUUCAGAUGUCCAUUCCCUGUUUUAAGGUCAUCACAACAGUGUGCUUGUUUAAAGUGGACCACUGGAAUGAGGAAUACUCUAGUCUUCUCUUUGUUUUAAAGGAAAAGUUAACUCAAAAAUGAUAGUUCUCUCAUCAUUUACUCACACUUACGCGGUUUCAAACUCGUUUGACUUUCUUUCUUCUGUAGAACACAAAUAAAGAUAUUUUGUUGGAGAUAUGAGGUGUUUUUGUCCAUACCAUGCAAGUCAAUGGGGUCCAUGCAACAUGAGUGGUUUAUUCCAUGCCUUCUAAAGCGAUACCAUUGGUUUUGUUUAAGAAAAAUACCAAAAUGUAACUCCUUUUUCACUACUCUGUGCAUGUUAAAUCAUACCAAGGAGACUGCAGAUGUCAAGAUGUAUAGUGAAAAAGGAGUUACAUGUUGGUCUGUUUUUCAAUCCAAAAGCGAUCGUAUUGCUUCAGAAGAUAUGGAUUAAACCACUCGAGUUGUAUGGAUUACCUUUAUGCCCCCAUUGACUUGCAUUGUCUUGAUAUGUUUACAUCAUGCCUACAUCACAAUAUCUUCUUUUGUGUUGCACAGAAGCAAGAAACUCUUAUGAGUUUGAGAUGGCAUAAGGGUGAGUAAAUGAGAGAAUUAUCAUCUGUUGACAUCUGCUAAAAUGUUUGCAUUUUCUGAGUCUCAUUUUCAUAUAACAUUUAAAAGCCACAGUCACUUUACUGAUGAUGUAGUGUGGGUAAUAGAUUAGUCUUAUUACGAUUACUCCAGUUUUACUGAAAUUAGUUUUCCCACUUGAGACAAACUUUACGGGAAUGAAAGAAAAAGAACAUUUUUCACUCUCUCUUAUUUCCUUUUUGUGGUUUUUAUGGUCUCUAGCUGUCUUAUCAUGCAUGCAGUUUAAUUUGUUAAAUGCAAUAUAUAUAUAUAUAUAUAUAUAUAUAUAUAUAUAUAUAUAUAUAUAUAUAUAUAUAUACACGUAUUGUAUAGUGACUAACAUGCACAAAUGCACAGUAAGGAAAUGCAAGGAUGAUCUGAGUGGAAAAGGUUUAAUCAGUUGAGAAUGAGUGAGAGAAUCAUUCUCUGUCAUGAGCAGGGCUCCCUGAUGAUCUAUCAAUAUAUAAUUAUACAAUUAUACAAUUAUAUCUAUCAAUUAUAUUGAGCAUUUAUAUAAUCUACAAGCCAAUGCAGCACAUGCACCGUACAUUCUACAGCUGUGUUUUCCCAAGUAACCCAAACAGAGCCACGCCCAGGUUUCGCCCAGGGCGCCAUACAAGCUAGAACCGCUACUGACAUCAGAUGUAUUUAAAAUCAGGAUUCUGCUGAAUUGAAAAUGCCUAUUGAUUGACACUUCUUAGUAGAUAGACUUCUAUUUACUGCACACCAGCACAAUAAAAAGCACAAGACACUUCUAAAGGUGUAUUUUUAAGGUGGGUUUUGCAAUCACAACUCAUUUUAAUAUCAUAGUAUCUUGUGGCAUUAGUGAAAAUGUCCUUUUGAGAAACAUCUGUAUAUAAACUUCAUGUGUCAUUGACACAAUAAUCUAUAAAGAAAUAUAUAUAUAUAUAUAUAUAUAUAUAUAUAUAUAUAUAUAUAUGCAAUGCACAUAUAUUUAAGUGUUGUUUUUGUGUGUUUGGAUAUAAGGUUGAUCACAUCGUACAUGCAGCUGAAACAUUUUUAUGGUUUAAUGAAAUUCAAGUUUAUCUGGAUGUUUUUUUUCUUCUUAAAAAACUGAACAACUUUGGAAAGUACUGUAAAUGAA